GAUGAACUUGGUGGCAACGCUCUGACUUCGACAAAACAAUUGUUGUGAAUGGUUUGUCCAAGAUUAUAUAUUGUAAAUAAAUCAGUUUUGUAGCAAAUAAUGCCAUGUCAUUGUUCAGCCAGGCCGAGGAGACUAGCCCGGACACCCACGUGGACGAUGGAUCCUUCUCGGGAGUUGCAGAGCCCCAGGAGCUCCUUUUCUGCGAGAGCUGCGGCAACGUGUACGAGGACGGCGAGGCUUACGCCAGGGAUCACAAUCGACAGACCGGCUCCUGCGGCAAUGGCAAUAGAGAAUUCGAGCUCGUAGAGGAGGCCACUGCGGACGAGGAGGUCAUUACAGAUUGCAUUUUGGAGGAAGUUGACGAGGAGGACAUCGUUGAGCCGGAUGCGCCGCUCUGGGAGCUGGUGGAGGUAGAGGAAGUUCCUGCCGCCAUCAAGACGCAGGAGGACGAAACGGAGUCCAGCUGUUCCGAUCGCUACUUUUGCUACGACUGCCACAGCAUUUUCGAGAACCGAAGUUGUGCCGAGGAGCACGUUUGUCCGCGGGCGGAGUCAGGCCUUGGUUCCAGCCAGCAGGUUGGCGAGGCCAAAGCACCUUCCCGUCGAAAGUUGCCCGGAGUCGGAACAAGGACUAGUCCCAAAAAUGCAUCCUCCGUGAUUAGCUGCGGGAUCUGCAACACCGUUUUCAGCUCGGACAAGUUCCUCAAGUUUCACAUGCGCAUUCACGAAACUCGCGCGUCCAAGAGCAUUCAAGACGCCCUUCCUGUGGGCGCCCAUCAGCAGUACAGCGAACUGGAUCAGUUCUACUGCGAAAUCUGCAACAAGAGCUUUGAUGAGAACCUGCUGACGGUCCACAAGCAGAUGCACCAGCAAACUACCAGCGAGAUUAUGUGCAGCAUUUGCAACCGCAAGUUCGAGAGCAAUGUGACCUACCAGAUGCACCUCAAAAUCCACGAGAAGCCUCGCGACUUCGAUCCCUCCAGCAGAUUGAUCCAUCGUCCGAGUGUCGACAAGGAGAAGCCCGGGUUUCCGUGUCAAUACUGCGAGCGGGUGUUCACCCGUCCCUUUGAGAAGGUCAAGCACGAGCGGGUCCAUACCGGAGAGAAGCCCUAUGGCUGUGAGGUCUGCGGCAAGACUUUUCGCGUGUCCUAUUCGCUGACCCUUCACCUGCGCACCCACACCAACAUCCGACCGUAUGUGUGCACGGUUUGCAACAAGCGCUUCAAAUCGCACCAAGUGUAUUCCCAUCACCUGCGCAUCCACAGCUCGGAGCGGCAAUUUGCGUGUGAUAUGUGCCCCAAGUCCUUUCGCACCUCCGUGCAGCUGUACGCCCACAAGAACACCCACACCAAGCCGUACCAGUGCGUCGUAUGCAACCGACCGUUCUCCUCCAUGUAUGCCGUCAAGAAUCACAUGCAGACGCACAAGGACGACAAGGGCAAAGAAAGUACCGGCGCUAGUACGCCGAUUCUUAAGAGCGGACAGCCGGCCAAGAGCCAGGCAGGUGGGAAGUUCUGGUGCAGCGCCUGCGGAGCUGAAUAUGCGCGUCUUUUCGCCCUGCGCCUGCACAUGAAGUCGGCCCACGGCUUGGUGGACGAUGCGGCCGUACAGCAGGAGGAUCCCUCCUCCAUCGCUGAAGAUUCGCACGCCACAGAGGCCGAUGACUCGGAGACCGCGGUGCUGAUAGCAGCCGCUGAGGCAGACGCUGCUUACAUUAAUGCUGUGGUUAACGAUGUGGACAUCGUGGGUUCCGUGCCGACUUACGAGGAGUGCGUUGAGUUCGACGUGGAUAACUUCCACAGCGAGGAAAUCAUCACGGAUUGGCUUAAGUAGAUCUUUAACUUCAUACUCCGACUAGCCAAUUAAUUGUUUUAGAAAUCGUAAAACCCCUCCUUUCUUUGCGAACCGGAUUCCUUAGUCAAUAAACUUUCCGCACGUUGGCGGAAUCUUUGUCUAAA